UUUUUUGUGGAUGGUAUGGCCAGUUGUCGCGCAUCUUCGGACAAGCUCGCGAGCCCGUCAUCAUGUCUUUACGAAGGCACUGCGCCCCGUUUGUUCUCUUCCUCAUUUGCAUUAUUCUCGGACCGAAUUAUCUAAUCGUCUCGGCAUUCUCCAAGUCUGAAUUGCUCUUUCCCUUCGGUGAAACGGUUUCCAAUCAACGGCUGGACAACGAGACGGAUGAUUACAAUAGCAUCGAAGUUCCAUUGACGACGCCUGUGAUAUUCUACAACCAGACCUACAACUCCAUAUAUGUCAACGAAAAUGGAUUGGUGUCAUUUUUGACGGAAAUCGCCAGCUUUUUUAGCAUUCCUUUUCCACUGGACUACCCCACCAUCGCCCCGUUGUAUUCAGAUGUGGAUAUUCGAGCUAGAGGAGCAGUAUGGUACAGAGAAACGCGCGAGUCGGUGGACAUCAAACGCGCCUCUGUUCUCAUCCAAAAACACUUCACAUCUGGAAGAGGUUUCGAAGCCAAGGACUUGUUUAUCGUCACUUGGGAUGACGUCGGCUUUUUUGAUCGGGGAAAUGAUAAGGGCAAUACGUUCCAGCUAGUGAUAGCUUCAGAUGGCCAGGAAUCGUUCAUUUUGUUCGCCUAUCCGGAUAAAGGCAUUCAAUGGAUUCAAGGAGUCGGAAAAAAUCCAAAUCUGCCAGACGCUCGAGCUCAAACUGGAUUCGUUUCUGGCGAUGGACGAUUCUAUCUUCUAGAAGGUUCCGGCUCGGAUCAAGUUUCCAACUUGAACAAAUUAUCAAAUAUUGGAGUUCCCGGUCUGUGGAUGUUUCGCGUUGGCAAACUUGGCGAAGUCGACGAAGUAGAAUCACCCGAUUUGGCAACUGGAGACACUACUUUGCAGCAGCCGCAAGUGGCUGAGACUUGUGCGGUAGGAUCGGCAUUAUGUCACAGCAAAGCCAUUUGUGUGGAUUACAACCCCGGGUUUUGUUGCCAAUGCUCAACAGGAUUUAUCGGAAACGGUCGCAAUUGCUUGACAGAAGGUAUUCCGCAGCGGAUCAACGGUAAAGUCAGCGGCAAAAUAAAUGGUCUGAGCUUCCAGGACGAAGACCUUCACUCGUACGUCGUCACCAGUGAUGGCCGAGCUUACACAGCAGUAUCCAAAAUGAACGAAACUAUCGGUUUCGAUUUGCAGCCUCUUUCCAUGUUGGGCGGAGUGGUCGGAUGGCUAUUCGCCCGCUCCACUUCCAUCAAUGCCCCCAAUGGCUACCAACUGACAGGAGGUAAAUUUAAUUUUACAACGACUAUGGAUUUUCCCCAAACGGGUCAUCGCGUUGUCAUCGAACAGCGUUUCCACGGCGUCGACGUCUUCAAUUAUUUGCGAAUGAGCAUCAACGUGUACGGAACAGUGCCUUCCAUUUCCCACGGCUCCAAAAUUGAAAUCGCCGAUUACGAAGAAGAGCACCACAAAACAGGAUUGGGUGAAUUCAGGUCGUCGAGUCGACGUGCUUUCCGCAUCGAAGGAUCGAGUCUCGACAUACCGUUCACUGUCGACCACGUUAUCCACUUUGAAGAGUGUCCUUUCGCGUCGCUCGAUAACACCACCGUUCUCAAAUUGAAAGUGGGACGCAACUUUGUCACCUACGACGCACGCGAACUGAUUGUGCGUUUCGCCAUGACGACCAAGAUUUCACCCCUGCAAGAGACAGAGGAUCCUUGCGUCAAAGGUCAGGCGUCGUGCGUUCCCAACAGCAUCUGCAUAGCCGAUAAAGACACUUUCCGAUGUGUUUGCAACAAAGGUUAUGAAUAUUAUUACGAAGAGGGCAAAGACCAAUCGGCUUGCGUCGAUAUUAACGAGUGUAACAUUGGUACGGAUCGAUGUGACGAGAACGCCCUUUGCUUCGACCAACCGGGAGGUUAUGAAUGCCGCUGUAAAGCCGGAUACAACGGCGACGGAUUUAAUUGCCAGAAAGAGACGCCUUGCUCACGAGUCCGUUGCCCAGCUCAUUCCCAGUGCAUUGAGAAUAACCAAGGGCAUCCCGAGUGCCGUUGCCUGGACGGAUAUCAGGAAACGGAUAGUCAGUGUCAGUUGAUUAGAUCACCGACUGUCGAUUGCCGAACGCAAGACAAAUGCGACAUGAAUGCUCAAUGCGUCUACAACAGUCAGACCGACCAGCACCAGUGCCAAUGCGUGAGUGGAUUCCGAGGUGACGGACUGACUUGCACUCUGUCAUCAGAAUCUUGCGAACAAGCAGCCAAUUGCAGCCCCUACGCCACAUGCACCUACGACGAAGUGCUCAAUACUCAUCAGUGCAAGUGUCUGCCCGGCUUCGAAGGUGACGGCUACGAUUGUGUGCGACCGACUUGCAUCCUCGGCGUUUGCUGGUGCCCAGACGGUUACCUUUACGUCAACGAAAAGUGUGAACGCUCCGUCGUUAGCGGUGAAACGCCAGUUUCUUGCAACGAGGUGAACAUUUGCCAUCCCAAUGCUCGCUGCGUCCUGUCUAUUGGCAACUCGACUGCUGCCGGUACGGAUGAACAGCAGCAGCAGUACAUCUGCCAAUGUAAUGACGGCUACGUAGGCGACGGUUUCCAGUGCGCCAGCGAGAUUGGCUUGCCAAUUGUUUCGACCGAGCCGCCGUCUGGUUCUGGUUGCGAUGUCGGCGGCUGCCGAUCAAACGCCGUGUGUGUCUACGAUGACGAGGCUCUCAAAUCCGUCUGCGUUUGUAAUGACGGCUACCGAGGCGACGGUGUCUUCUGCACUCCCAUCGAUGGAUGUAGCGCCCUGUCCGAUUGCGACGCCAAUGCCCAGUGUCUGUUCAGCAAUCGCGAGCAACGAUUCCAAUGCGAAUGCAAUCAAGGAUACUUUGGCGACGGCAAAAGCUGCUUCCGCACGGAGCAAGUCGCCGAAGAAGAAGAAGAGCCUGGCUGUAACGAAGUCAACAAUUGUCACGUCAAUGCGGCUUGCACGGCCGAUGAAUCGAGCGGUCGAUACGUCUGCGUUUGCCGCUCGGGAUUCAACGGUAACGGGUUCCAUUGCGAGCCGAGUGUCAUUGGGUGCAACGUCAUUAAUAACUGUCACCGCGAUGCUCAAUGCCUCUACGAUCCCGAAUCCAUCGGGUACAGAUGCAAGUGCAAAGAGGGUUACACUGGUAGUGGAACUACCUGUAGGCCACUUGAAUCGUGCGUCGAUAACGAGGGUAUCUGCCAUGCGAACGCCCUUUGCGCUUGGAACACUGAAGGUUACUAUGGAUGCCGUUGUCGCGAUGGAUUCAGAGGCGAUGGCUAUCAGUGUCAAGUCAUUCCGAAACAUGAUGGCAAAUUCUUAUUGAUUAGCCACGGCAUGUCAAUUCUGCGCGUACCUAUACAGGUCUCACCGGCAAUGCCCGGCCGGCCAAUUUAUGUUCAAAUUUUCCAGGCAGCAGUCGGUAUCGAUAUCGACUGUCUUGAAGGAAGGGUGUAUUGGAGCGAUGUCAACGGACGGAUUAUCACCAGCGCUGCUUACAACGGAUCCAACUCCAAAGUUUUCCUCAAUUCAGAGAUCGGAUCGCCGGAGGGCAUCGCUAUUGACUGGGCAUCAAGGAAUAUGUAUUGGACGGACUCGAUGCGCGAUACGAUCGAAGUGGCUUCUUUGGAUUCGAAAGUUCGUCGCGUUCUCUUCGACACCAAACUGAUUAAUCCUCGGGGUAUCGCCGUCCAUCCUUCUCGCGGACUUUUGUUUUGGAGCGACUGGGAUCGAGCCAAUCCGAAAAUCGAACGGGCCAAUGCUGACGGGACGGACCGGCGCAGCGAUUUCAUUACGACGGACCUCCAACUGCCCAACUCGCUGACCAUUGAUUUCGAGCGCGAAGACAUCUGCUGGGCCGAUGCUGGAGUUCGCAGAAUUGAAUGCGUUAGCUUGGACGGUGGCAACCGACGAGUAAUCCGCUCUGACGUAAAAUAUCCGUUCGGCCUUACUCAUUAUGGACAACGCCUUUUCUGGACGGACUGGGAAGAGAAAACCAUCAAGAGCGCAUCGAAAGACGAGAACGACAAAGAAAAUAUUUCCCUGCAAGUGCCGUUAGGUGGGCAAGGGAAACUGUACGGGAUUGUCGCCGUUCCGGAAACAUGCCCUAGAGUUCAAUCGGCGUGUCAAGUGGCUUCUGGGGGUUGCAAUGCGGAGCAAAUAUGUCUGCCCAGCGGAACGAACGGCAGAACUUGUCUUUAAUCAUUAUAAUCACCGAUAAAAACAUUUUUUUUUAAACCUUAAUAUCUUUUCUAAGGGGAGGGGUGUUUACUUUUGUUUGUUGUCUAUCGAGAUGUAACCAUGUAAAAUACACCCUCAACUCAAACAUGAAA